GCCGGGGUCCUUCCUCAGGUCGCCCUCUGUCCUGGCAUCAUGGCGGCGGCCUUCUUUGUUUCCCCCGGCAGGACUCUGCUGCGGCGCGGCGCCGAGCGGGCGCUGCGAGGAGGAGCCUGGGAGCUGCUCGGGCCGAGACUCGAAAGGGGCCUGGAGCGCGGCUUCAGCCUUUCCCACCCUCGGGGCACAGUCAUCGUAGAGCGCUGGUGGAAGGUGCCGCUGGCCGGGGAGGGCCGGGCGCCGCGCCUGCACCGGCGACACCGGGUCUACAAGCUGGUGGAGGACACGAAACGCCGGCCCAAGGAAAACCUGGAGCUCAUCCUCACGCAGUCCGUGGAGGAACUUGGAGUCCGGGGUGACCUGGUCUCGGUGACGAAAUCUGUGGGUCGUAACAAACUCCUUCCUCAGGGACUGGCUGUAUACGCAUCCCCCGAAAACAAGAAGCUGUUUGAAGAGGAGAAAUUGCUGAGACAAGAAGGAAGAUUGGCAAGGAUACAGACCAGGGCAGGUGAGGCGACAGUGAAGUUUCUGAGAAAGUGUCACCUGGAAGUAGGGAUGAGGAACAAUGUCAAAUGGGAGUUAAACUCUGAAAUAGUUGCUCGACACUUCUUCAAGAAUCUUGGUGUUGUGGUUGCCCCGCAUGCCCUGAAGUUACCAGAGGAGCCGAUCACACGGUGGGGCGAGUACUGGUGUGAAGUGACGGUAAAUGGGCUUGACACUGUGAGAGUGCCUAUGUCUGUGGUGAACUUCGAGAAGCCCAAGACCAAAAGAUACAAGUACUGGUUAGCCAAGCAGGCUGCCAAGGGGAUGGCCUCCACCAGCUCCCAGGCAGUCUGAACCUGUUCUCCCUCCAAGAGCAGAAAGCAGAAGCAGAGCAGCAGUGGAGCAAAAAUGGGUCCACACCUGACCGCACUCAUAGCUCUGAGCAGAUGUGAAAGUUUGGAGAACAGAUGAGACACCUGACUGAACCGCACGUACAGGUCAGAGUCUCCACAUUCGCCAGCUCCAUCUUCAGUCAACGUGUCCGGCUUUAUUGGGUAAUUGUGCUCAAGAAGAACCAGACUAUCGAUUUGAUAAACUGUGUGUCACUGGAUUCAAACGGUCUAGAUGCCUCUAAGCCUCUUCCUGCAUUGGAAUCCACUGGAACGAGUGGAUGAGACAGACACUGUGUCUAGGACGCGGCUCAGUCUCAUCAUCUGAACUCAGCAUUUGUAUUUUGAGCAUUUUAACAUGUGGUUUGUUUUUUUUUAAGGUGUCAUUUACUGGGCUUGAGUAGACUGGAGAAAGGACAUUAAAAUGGGUAUCUUCUCUAUCCA